UUACCCCUGCAGCUUCCUUGUCUCAUUUGUCCUGGAGGGGGCAGUGUCUACCAAGAGUCCCCUCCUCCAACCUUCACCCCGUCCACCUUGCCGGGGCAGGGAAGGCGAGUGGAGGGUGCACCAGGGAACUUAACUUGGGCCCCUCCCCCCAGGAGUCCCUGUGCCAGUCCCACCACAUCCUGGACGAGGAGGGGGGCCCGGGAAGGGGCCUCCCCCACAUCGCUGCUGUGGUCCAUGCACUGCUGGAACGGCCUUAGGGGUGGAGGUAGGGGCUUAGGGCCCCAGCCGCCCGCCCCUCCCCGCCCCGGGAACAGAAGACUCGUCUGGGCUCUGCCUCUUAACAAGGACUUGGUGUGGGCGGCCUCGGGCCUGGCCCCAGUCUGCCCUUGGGCCAUCUCCGUGUGGCCAGGGAUCUGGGUGGAAGCCGAUGUUGUGUCGAGCGCAAUAAAGAGAAGCCCGAAGCCCUGUAGGUUGGCACUCAGGUGUGAGCGUGUCUGUGAGCAAGUGCGGGCGUCACUGGGCCGGGGUCACCUCCCGGGCGGCGGGUCUGGGUGCCCUGCUGGGCGUGUGUUUCUGCACCAGGCCCAGCGCUCAGACCCUGCCGCCAGGGGGCGCCCGCAGGACGGGCGCGAGCGCACUACUUGGCGGGUGGGAGGCUCUGGUCAGCCGUCGGAGGUGGGCGGGCUACCUGGGUUCACGCACAGGCCACGCAGCUAGGCAGCGGAGUGGACGGCGAGGGCUGU